AUGUGGAAGAGAUCGUUCCACUCCCAAGGAGGACCUCUCCGUGCUAGGACUAAGUUCACCAAACCUAAACCAAAACAGCCGGCACUUCCCAAAGAGAAAAUAAGACCGCCCACCCAAUUGACCCACCACUCCAAUAACCUGAGGAUCACCGAACCAAUCCUACCAACUACUUCAAACCUACGCUGUCCCGACGAUCACCCGCUGUGGCAGUUCUUCUCUAACAAGAAAUUCAUCAGGUCCGCCGACGACUUGCCGCCCUCCAGCCAUAUCAGACCUUGGACCAUCCCAGAGUUGAGACACAAGUCCUUUAACGACUUACAUUCCCUUUGGUACAACUGCCUUAGGGAGCAAAACGUGCUUGCUCGUGAAAAUCAUCUUUUAAAAAACAUCAUCGGGUCCACGCAUGAGGAAUUCAGUGACCUCUCCAAAUCUAUCAGAACCACCAUGUGGCAAAUCAGACAUGUACUUAACGAGAGAGAGCUGGCCUAUACCACUUCGCGCGAAUUUCUAAAGGACGAAUUGGAAAGGAAAAAGUAUUUGGAUACUUUGACCAACGAUCACUUCUUGAAUAAGGAUAUCCCGGACGACGAAGUCGCCUCCAUGCUCACUCGGUUCCAGUUGGCUAUCUUCGGAAUAUCAGAAACCAUCCAGGACAAUACAGUCGAUGUUAGCUUCAUCAACGGCAUCAAGUUCUUGGCAAACUUAAAGCUACAGCGAUUCAAGGACUCUAAUGAUCUCAUAUCGGAACUGUCACAAGAACCGAUUACGGACGUGGGCGAGUCGUUCAUCUUGUUUACUUCCGACUUCGAGCCUCAUUCCGUCCAAGAGGCUUGCGUCGCCAUCAAAGACCUGAGAAAAUCCCCAGACAAUAAGGUCCCUAAACUAGACGAACUUCCUACCGUCAGGAAAUACUUAAAACAACUGGUUCGUGCAAGCUCCAUGGAACAAGCAACUGCAUGA